UUUCAAAGAACUCAGACGACCGACAACUAUAUAUAUAAUUUAGAGCAUUACGUUUCUAAUAUUGAUUAGAUAUAUAGAUGGACAGUUUAUCGAAGAUUUCAUAAGGCUAUCUCUAAGUAAAAGCUAACAAUGGAUAAAUAUGAAGUUGUUCGAAUGAUUGGUGAAGGAGCCUUUGGGAAGGCAUUUUUGGUGAAAUUAAAGGUAACAAAUAAACAAUGCGUGAUUAAAGAAGUCAAUUUUUCAAAGAUGCCAGCUAAAGAGAAGGAAGCUUCUCGCAAGGAAGUGACCCUACUUUCUAGAAUGAAGCAUCCAAACAUUGUUAAAUUUAUUAAUUCUUUUGAAGAGAGAAUGAACUUGUAUAUUGUCAUGGAGUAUUGUGAUGGUGGAGAUCUGAUGAAGAAAAUCAACAUGCAGAGGGGAAUACUUUUUCCAGAGGAGCAGAUUCUGGACUGGUUUGUACAAAUUUGCUUGGGCCUGAAGCAUAUUCAUGACAGAAAGGUUCUGCACAGAGACAUCAAGUCCCAGAAUAUUUUUCUAGCCAACAAUGGCAGUAAAGUUAAACUUGGGGAUUUUGGAAUAGCAAGAAUGUUGAACAACACCAUGGAACUAGCCAGAACCUGUGUGGGUACACCAUAUUAUCUUUCUCCUGAAAUCUGUGAGAGUAAGCCAUACAAUAAUAAAACAGAUGUCUGGUCUCUAGGUUGUGUGCUUUAUGAACUCUGCACCCUGAAGCAUCCAUUUGAAGGCAACAAUUUGAGACAGCUGAUAGUGAAGAUUUGCAGGGGUUACUUUGUACCAGUUUCUCCAAAGUACUCAUAUGACCUGCGAUAUCUGAUUACUCAUCUUUUUAAAGUAAGCCCUCGUGACAGACCUUCAGUUAAUUCUCUCUUGAAGAAGCCAUUCUUAGAAAAACGAAUAGUGAAGCAUUUAAGUUCAGAGGAAAUGGAAGAAGAAUUUAGCCAUACAGUACUCCACAAGAAGAAGUUUACCACUGCACAGUCACCUACUCCUCAUCCAGUAAAGGUGUCAGAUGUUAAAAGUCACAAGCCCAGGUCCCAAGCAAGACCUCCCGUCACCCCUUUAAAGAAAGCAGAUCCACGCAGAAAUGAAUGGAAGCCUCCUGCAAAGAUCUAUCAGCAAGAUUAUAAACAAAAGCCUUAUGAACAUUACCAUGCUGAGCUAGAUAUGUUACAGAAAAAAGUGCUUGAACAGCAGACACCACAGCAUCAUAUGAAUCCUCCAGGAGCCUACCAUUUCAAUGUUGCCAACCAAUAUCAUAGGCCCGCUGUUAAUUAUGAUGAGUUCCUGCAAAGGCGACAUGAAGCAAACCAGAAUAAAAUUAAAAUAGAAAAACAGCUGGGGCUGCGUCCUUCUACAGGUGAUGCUAAUCACCGCAGAGUUCCAGCACAGCCCCCCAAAGCUCUCCCACCUGCAAAUGUGCCAAGAAAACAAGGUGGAAAGCAAGUUAAUGAGCAGGACUACUUGAAACAGCUGGAGGCCAUACGGCAACAGUAUCAUAGAGAAAUGAAAGAUAUGAAGGCUAAAGCAGUUCUGGAGAAUAAACCACCAGGAAAAGCUGAGACCUAUCUGGUAAAACCAAUCAAAGUAGAAGAGAUUGUGGAUGAAGCACUUGAUAAUGGAAAUAAAAAGGCAUCCCCUGAGGACAUGGACAAGCAUCUUCAUAAAAUUAUGUAUGAGAACCUAAAGGAGAGGAAGGCACUUGAGAAGAAAUACAAUGCAAAGAAAGGAGUGAAAUUUGAGAUACAAUUAGAUGAGAAGACAGAAGAAACCCCUCUUGAAGAGGAAAAUGAUAUUUUGAAUCAAACGUUGACUUUCCUUGAUGGGGAGUUUCUGAAGAAAGUUGACUGGAAUAUUGGCAAAGACAAUGCAACUCCAGAGAAAGAAUUAAGCCAACCAGAGCACGAUAUGGCUGAGGUUGAACAAAGGAGGCAGUGGAAUCAGGGUCCUCCCCAAACCCUGUUAAGAGCCAUAGCCGAAGCAGAUGUUUCCUCAGUAUGCCCUACAAUGCAUGGAGAUAUCUUAGAAGAUGAAGAUGCAAUGUAUCCUGUAUCACCACUGAAUAGGAAACAUUGGGGUGCACAGCCUCCUACCACUCUCCUGAAUAUACUAGCAGAGGCAGAAAUGACCUCUGUCAUUUCCACAAUGAAUGAAAAUGAAGCAGGUGUGAUAUAUACAAUUGGAGAUGAGCAAAUUGAUAAAGAUUCUGCCUCGGAUAUUGAUGUGGAUGAAGAACGCCUUGAACCUAGAUCAGAUGACGAUGACACGAACUUUGAAGAAUCAGAAGAUGAACUGCGAGAUGAAGUGGUUGAAUCCAUGAAAAAUGUUGUCAUUUCCUCAGAAGGCCAGGAGGAACCAACAGAAAUGCUAGAAGAACAGAGUCAGAAUCCCAGUGAACAGGUGUUGUGUAGUGGUGAGAAGGAGCUGGAAAGCUCAGAAGUGAAUGAAGGCAAUGAACAGCUAGAAUCGAUGGAAGGAAGUGAGAAAAGCCAAGAGGAGAAAGCCUGGCAGGUAGAAAAUAAAAAUGAAAAAGAAAAAACUGCAAAAGUGUAGAACAGCUGAAAGGUAUGAAACUUGGAAGCUUGAAAAUUAUCUCCGACUCACAGAAGUCUAUUCCUUAAUGUUAAAAAUAUAUAUAUAUAUAUAUAUAUGUACUCUAUAUAUAGUAAAUGAAGCAGUCAUUUGAAUUUUGGAAAAAUGGUAAUGAAUGAAAAGCCAAUAACUGUGGCAGAAUUAUAUAAAUCAGGUUAUUAGUAAAUGGGAUUAAUGUGCAAUAGAAUUAACAUUCCAGUCACACACGCCUGCCUUUAACUCUGCAUAUCCUUGAAAUAUAAAAGGGUACUUGUCCUUACUGUAAUAGUACAGCAGUGGUUCCCAGACUCGAUCCUGGGGACCCCCUGUGGCUGCAGGCUUUUGUUCCAACCAAUUUCCGUUUUUCAUUGGUCUCCUGGCCUGUUAUUUUCCAGUUUCUGUGUUUGGGAGUCAAUGUAGAACUUACAAACUAAGUUUGGUAGAUUUUUCUAAAAAUGU